AAACGGGGCCGAUAUGUUUUACAUAUGUGCAUUUCCCGUUAUGUAUGCUUAUUGCGGUUUUGUCAACAACGUCAUUUACACUCAUUGAUUACCUAACACACCAUUGUCGUGCGAACGAUUUUUCGGAUACCCAAAAUACCCCGAAUCGCAAUUAUGUUAGUAGCAAGUUCGUUGCGAUUUUACAUAAUUCCUCCUGGCAGUUUUAAAGUUUGAAUAGCGCACGUUGUUGCAUUUAACUAUACCUGCAAGUUCUCUUGUAGGUCAGACAACAAUUCUCGCAGAUGAAUCCGUCUUCGAGUUUGUGGAGCAACCCGCCUCCGCCCGGAACUGAAUAUGAAGAAUCGGCCGGCGAGUUAUCCAACAGUUCUAGUAAAAUGGAUGGCUCAACAACAAGCACUGGCAGAAUUAUAGAUAAAAUCGAUCCAUUUUUAAAAAAUCCUGAGUACAUAGAGUACGAAAGGUCCAGAAAUAGAACGAGAAGUCGAUCUCGCGGUCGACAUAAGAGGAGGAGAUCUCGCAGUCGAUCUAGGGACCACCACCGUAGCUCACACUCGCACAGAAAGAGAAGGUAUAGGAGUAUGAGCAGAUCCAGGUCUAGAAGUUAUAGCCGAGAGAGGCACAGACAUCGCAGUCGCGAUAGGAGACACAGAAGCUCAAGAUAUUCGAGGUCCAGAUCUAGAAGUAAAUCAAGGUCUCACAGGUCACACAAAUCCCGACGUGAAAGAUCUAGACGUUCGCGAAGCAGAACGAAGUCUAGACUAAAAUCACUGUCUGAGGAACGACCACCUGUAGAAGAAAAUGAGGACACAAAAGUUGAAGAGGAGGAGGAGGAGGACGAGCAAGAACCAAUUAAGGAGAACGCAUUUAAAAACGAUGGAACAUUUUUGGAAAUGUUUAAAAAAAUGCAGGAGGAGCAGGAACAAAAACAGACGCAAGAGAGCACAGAGACUAACAAACAGAAACUGAUGCCCUCGUUCGGUAAACGGCGCGGAGGCAAGGUCCUGAAAACUGGCAUGGUACAAAAGACUAAGGUGAAAAGUGAAGAUGCAUCAAAUGCACAGGAUGCUUGGUCGGUAUACAUGAAGGAAGUCAGGAAGUACAAAGAGGCCUGCUGUGAUGAUGAUUCCAAAACCAGGCCUUUGGUCAAAUAGUCAAAUACGUUGUACAAACAUAAUGUUUGAUAAAUAUAUAAGUUUAAAAUAGUUA